AUGCCUACGGUAUCGCGGGAAAAUGCGCGCGUAUGGCUAUUAUUCGUCAUCCUCUUCAUAACCCUCAUGUCGCGAAAUGACGCCCCCGGCUUGAUCACAAAUCCCUUCUUCGGCGGAUCCCGCUUCGGUCGCUUACGAGACGCCCACGGCGUAUUAAACGGCACCAAAUGGGGCGAUUUCUCACCCGGCAAGGCAAAGGAUGGCGCCCCGCCGUGGCAGACACCGCGCUACCUCAACCUGACGGGUUUCCGCCACGCCGAUGGCUACGCCUGGGACGAUCUCGCCUACUUCAAGGACCGCUGUCAUCAAUGGAGCCGGCAUGCCUACCCGCCACCGAAGGGGGCCGGGGAUUGGGAGCACGGCCCGAUCAGCAAGACAUGGCAGAAUGCCACCGGCACGGUGCACGGCAAGUGGGUGCGUCGUCCGGGUUCAGUGGUGAAGCACGCGGGGAGCUACAAUCUGAGCGCGAUUGCGCCGGGAAUUCACUGGCUGGAUGAUCCCGCUGAAUGGGGCUGGAACGUCACGGGCUCGCAUGGGAAUAUCUUUAUGCGGCUGUCGGAGGAUGCCAAGGAUGCUGUGUAUGAGGAAGAGACGGUCGAGGGGAAACAGCCGUCGUCAGGGGGCCUGGCGAGGGAGAUAUCGGCCGUGGCUAAUAUCCAGGACGAGGAACACUGGACAUCCAGCUUUGCCAUCAGACUCCACGGCGUGCAUUGGCCGAAGCAGGGCUCCAUCCUCAUGACCACGACGAGCGAGAAAUUCGAUGGUGUCUUCGGCCUGCCCCAUCUCGUCCCCAGCUCCGAGUUCUAUCACACAGGCCAGAAGCUUCUGAAUCGUACGCUUGGUGAGGUCCUCACUAAAAAGGAGCGAAGCAGGUUUUCCGACGCAAGCAACCCCUGGACACCCGUGGUCGAAGAACAGCUAUCCAUUCCACUGCCGCGCUGCGAGUACAUCAUGUAUCUGCAGCUGCAUCCGCUGGACCCCCUCUACAUCGGGGAGGACGGACUUGACGGCCAGUUGGCGCCGAUAAUCGACCAGUGGGAGAAUGAGCUCCGGUUUCCCACCGGCGCCCCCUUGAAAGGGAAGCCAGAGCUCCGCAUGUCGCUCGUCGCCUGGUCUCCUGACUGCGGCUACUACCUCGAGUCCAAGGGGCCGCCGCUGUUUCCUUCGGUUGAGGGCAACCACCUCGUUGGUGUCAAAACGGAGAUCCUGCUUUCCCGGACGAAGUCGUGGAUGUUUGGUUUCGCCGCCGUCCUGAUGGCGCAGCUGUGGCUGCUGAAGACCCAGAUGAAGGAGUCUAAUACGCCCUCUACGCUGGGACGUAUCAGCUUCCACACCGCCGGCAUGAUGCUCCUUUGCGGAUGGGAUGUGUUGGGGCCGAGGUUUGGACUGCCUGUGGGGUGGAUGCCGGCCGUGUGGGAGUAUCAUCCGGUUUUGAGGGAGGGAGAUGUGGAGGCGGGCGGGCUGCCGAUUGGGUUGGUGUCGUCGCUGGAGGGGGUGUUGGCGUCGCCUGAGGAGGAGGCAGAGGAGGAAUCGCCGGUUGCUGCGAGGCGGCGCUCGAGGAGUUGGUCGAGGGGGUCUGCGCAGGGUGGGGGUGGGGAGGAUAGUAGAAGACGGACGGAGCGGGAGAAGGAGCUGCAGCGGCAUGGGAUGGUGGUGAGGGAGAUUGAUUGUGCGAUUUGUACCGAGGUGCUGGAGGUGCCGGUGGUGAGGGCCAAUGCGAAGGAUCCGGCCGCUGCGGGGGGGUUGGUGGAACCAAGUUCAACCCCCGACACGGCAAACGCCCCACCAAGCACGGCGAACUCCUACACCCAACCGCUUCCAAGAGAAUUCCCCCCCGGCUACGACCUAGUGACCUGCGCAUAUCGGCACGAGGUAUUAGCCAUGGUGCCCCAGGCCGACGAGGCGGAUGUUGUUCCCGUUGCGCUGUGCCACUGGGACCCGCCAACCGUCUCACACGUAGAGGUCAUGGCCGAGCUGCCACCGCGCCUGUUCUCGGUCAUCAAAGACUCCAAAUCCCUGGGCACAUUUUGCUUUCCAGACUACCUCGACGUCGCCGCGACACUCUCAGACCUCUUGGCAGCCCUCCAGAAGGGUUCAGAGUCGGCGGCGGGGUCAGAACCAACGUCCCAAUUACUAGCGAGCCUGAUGGGGGGGCUUGAGGUAUCUGGCGAAGGAUCUUUUCUGCAGUUCUUCUCCUUUCCUCUGUACAGCGAGAGCCCACGCCAAAUUCUUGGCCAUGGCCUUUCUCCCAUCUGGAAGUGGGCCAAGCCCGAGAGCAUCUACCGCAAGGAGGGUCCCUGGGAGACGUCACUGCACCAGGCCCUAGAUGAUGGGGAGUGGAAUGGUGGCAGAAAUCUGCUCUUGUUGACAAGAGGGGUGUCGGAAGAGACACUAAAGGCAAUGGAAUCGAAGGACGAUGAGCCCAGCAGUCCGGAGUCUUCUUGA